CAGCUCUCCUGACUCCGAGAGACAGACCAGAUCCAGGUCCCGCGCCGGCUCCUACGACAGCAGAGAGCGAGAGAGAGACAGGGAGCCGUUCGAGCGGGAACGAGACAGAAAGGACCUCCGGCCUCAGCCGCAGCAGCCGCAGCAACAGCAGCAGCAGCAGCAGCAGCCGCCCCUGCUCCUCCAGCAGCCCCUCCAACCACAACGAGACUGGGAGCCAGAACCAAGGGACUGGCCCAGCAGGGGACGAGAGCCCCUGCUCAUGCGUCCCAGCCGCGAACCUCUCUUGAGGGAGCGUGACAUCAGGGACAGGGAACGCUUGCUCCCUGAAGGACUCAUCCAGCAGCAUGAGCGGGAAAGGGAGCGAGAGAGGGAGAGAGACAGUAGAGGUGAAAGGGGUGGUGAUAGAGAGAGGAUGAUGAUGAUGGACCUGCCGCCCCACGGGGACCUCAGGUCUGUAGGACGAGGGGACCUGAGGGGAGAAAUGAGAGGAGACUUGCGAGGGGACAUGAUGCGGCAGGACAGGGGUGACUAUGAGCCUCUUUUACCAAGAGAAGCCUUCAGCCCUCCUGAGCCCGAGAAAGCGAGCAACAGUCACCAUCUCAUGGGAGAGCAACGGGAACGUGAGCUGGAGAAGGCAGACAGCAUCGACGGAGAUGAGGCCGGUAAAGAAGAGGAUGGCCAGUCAGUGCCAUCUGUUGGCGAGGAGUAUGAGCCAAUCAGUGAUGACGAGCUGGAUGAAAUUCUGGCUGAUAGUCAGAAAAAAGAGGAUCAGCAGGACGAUGAAAAAAUUACAGGUCCUCUGGAUGUGAUUGAUGUGGACUGGUCGAGCCUCAUGCCCAAACAGAAGCAGGAACCCCGGGCAGCAGGGGCAGCGUUGCUCCGAUUCACCCCGGGGGCCGUGCUUCUUAGGACAGGCAUCUCCAAGCGACUCGCGGGGCCGAAGCUCCUGGAGCAAGUCAAAGAGGUGUGCAAGUCUGAGAUGGACGACCCUAAAGAUGCCGACAAGCUGUUUGAGCAUGACCUUGGGGCCUUGAACAUGGCGGCCCUGAACAGGCGGGUGGAGCGGGCCGGUUUACUGACUAACCUUGGGCCCUGCUGUAAGGCCCUGUGUGCCCGCAGAGACUUUGCCAUCCGUCGGCAGCUGUUAAAAAAUGACAAGGGCCUAACUAAGCACUACCCCACUACGCCUGUAGUAGACAACGAGCUGCUGCAGAUGAGCAUGCGUCUCUUCAGAAGGACCGUGGCUGGCCAGGCUUCGGCCCCGGAAAGGUCCGACAGCGGGUCGGCGCCGGCGGCCGAAGUUUCUGCAGCCGGUAGCGGUGGUAGUAGUAGUAAGCUCAGCACAGCUCAGCCUGAGGUGUGUGUGUCCUGAAAGAAAUGGGCUUAGCGAGUAAAAGACUUCUAAGCCUUCACCUCUCUUAAACUCUGAAUCUCUCUUUCCCAUUGCAUUACAUUCAGAGCCUUUUUAGAUACGAGAGAAAAAAUAAAGAAAAACUGCAAAAUUGUGGAUUUCAGUUAUGCUUUACAUGUUUUUGAUGACCUGCAAGUGCUGUGCCAUAGACUAUUGGACAUUCUAGCCUAUGGAGAUGUGUCAUGAACCUCAUAUGAGAAACGUACAUGUGAAAUGAUGUCAUGGAUUUUUUUUUGUGUGUGCAUUACAGUAUUUUAAAGCAGCUUUUUAAUUGUCUAUUUCACCUGCCUAACUAAGUUCAAAUGACCUGUUUUCAUAUAGUGUGCAUUGGUUUCAACAACUGUGCAUUAAAAUGGUUAGAUGUUGAUUUCUGUAAUGGGUCUUUUGCUUUGUAUGAAGUGACGGUGCAGCUUUCAAAUAAUGUGACACAUGACGUUGUGAUGUUUUUUGUUUUGUUUUUUUGUUUACAUCAUAUCACAAAAUAUCCGCAGCACAAAUCUCCAGAGACGUUACUGGUCAGCAACGCUGAAAGCAAAACAUCCUGCCGAGACUUGAAUUAAUGUUUUCUCAUGAAUUAGCACUGCCAAACUAUUCCUCCAAUGUUAGUGGUUACAACUGUGAGUUUGUGGAAACUGUUGCUGUUUUGCUUCAUGUAUUUGUGUUGAAUAGUAAAAGACAGAACACUGCGGGAUGCCAGAUCACAACACUGCCAUGUGGGAUGACUCGCCGCACCAGCCCACGCCAUUCAAAAAGGAGCCACAGUGCUCCUAAUAGGAAAAGACACUAGAGUGCUUAGGUUAAAAAAAUGACUGAAGAUAAUUAAUUUGAACUUGACAUCUCACCUCUGUGUCCUAGUGGUUCAUCACCCAGUCACAAUUUUAAAAAGUAUGUUGUGAGAACUCAGAGGACAAACCAUGAACAGAAUUACAAUGGAAAAAUGAUGUUAUUGUAGAGACCUGGAUUUAACGUGACGCUGCCUCCUGGCCAUCAAACUGUAACCUGGAACCUCAGUGACAUUACAGACGCAGAGACGCUGGUCUCUGAUGAAGCCUGCGAUCUAUACGAUGUUUGCAGACACUUUCCCGACGUGUUUAUUAUAGCAAGAUGUACAAGUAACGACAUCUGGGUGAACACUGUAUUUUUUUAUUUGACUGUUGAAUCAAUGUAGAAUGACAUUCUGCUUAAUGCAAACACGGUGCUAGUUUAAAAUCCAGAUUAAAUUGCUUUAAGAGGCGCUAUCAAGAUAACUACCAGAUGUGGACUUUUGCAUUUUUUAGGUAAGUACUUCUGUGUAUA